AUGACCGAGUGUCCGGGUCAUUUCGCGCACCUGGAGUUGGCUAAACCGGUGUUUCACAUCGGGUUCAUGAAACAGAUUAUCAAGACUUUGCGAUGCGUUUGCUUCUACUGCUCGAAGCUAUUGAUAUCACCGACGAAUCCGAAGCUCAAAGAGAUUAUCAAUGAAACCAAAGGCAAUCCACGCAAGAGGUUGGGUCACGUGUACGACCUCUGCAAAGGCAAAAACAUAUGCGAAGGCGGCGAAGAGAUAGACAUCACGAAAGCCGACGGCGCGGAUGAGACGGAUCAGCUCAAGAAGAAGAUGAACACUCACGGCGGGUGCGGUCGCUAUCAGCCCAGCAUUAGACGAGUGGGACUGGAGUUGACGGCGGAGUGGAAGCACUUGAAUGAAGACUCGCAGGAGAAGAAGAUCUUCUUAACCGCCGAAAGAGUGCACGAAGUCUUCAAACACAUCACCGAUGAAGAGGUUAUUAUCAUAGGAAUGGAUCCCAAAUAUGCCAGACCUGACUGGAUGUGUGUCACUGUACUACCGGUGCCGCCGUUGUGCGUCCGACCGGCGGUCGUAAUGUUCGGUUCCGCCCGAAAUCAGGACGACUUGACUCACAAACUGUCAGAUAUUGUCAAAUGUAAUGCAGAGCUGAUCCGUAACGAACAGUCGGGUGCGGCCACUCAUAUCAUCGCCGAGAACGUGAAGAUGCUUCAGUACCACUGCGCCACUCUCGUGGACAAUGACAUCCCGGGUAUACCCAAAGCGCAACAGAAAAGUGGUCGACCCCUCAAGUCUAUCAAACAGCGCCUGAAGUCAAAAGAGGGCAGAAUUAGAGGCAAUCUUAUGGGCAAACGCGUCGACUUCAGCGCCCGUACUGUCAUUACCCCCGAUCCUAAUCUCCGCAUCGAUGAGGUGGGGGUCCCCAGGAGUAUAGCGCAGAACAUGACGUUCCCCGAGAUAGUGACCCCUUUCAACAUCGAUCAGAUGCACGAAUUGGUCAGAAAAGGUCACAAUCAAUAUCCCGGCGCUAAGUAUAUCAUCAGAGAUAAUGGCGAACGCAUUGACCUCCGCUUCCAUCCGAAGCCCUCUGACCUUCACCUGCAAUACGGCUAUAAAGUGGAGAGACAUAUAAGGAAUGGCGACGUAAUAGUGUUCAACAGACAGCCCACUCUCCACAAGAUGUCAAUGAUGGGCCACAAGAUCCGAAUCCUGCCGUGGAGUACAUUCCGAAUGAACCUAUCGGUGACGACCCCUUACAACGCGGACUUCGAUGGCGACGAAAUGAAUCUUCACGUCCCGCAGAGUCUGGAGACGAGGGCUGAGAUCGAGCAGCUCUGUAUGGUUCCCAGAAAUAUCAUUACCCCUCAGAGCAACAAACCGGUGAUGGGUAUCGUGCAGGACACCCUCACCGCAGUCCGCAAAAUGACAAAACGGGAUAUCGAGCAGCUCUGUAUGGUUCCCAGAAAUAUCAUUACCCCUCAGAGCAACAAACCGGUGAUGGGUAUCGUGCAGGACACCCUCACCGCAGUCCGCAAAAUGACAAAACGGGAUGUGUUUCUAGACAAGGAACAAAUGAUGAAUCUCUUGAUGUUUCUGCCGAUUUGGGACGGAAAGAUGCCAAUGCCUGCCAUUCUUAAGCCCAAACCCCAGUGGACUGGAAAGCAGUUGUUCUCUCUCAUCAUUCCCGGUCCGGUGUCUCUCAUACGCAACCACUCCACACAUCCCGACGAGGAGGACGACGGACCCUAUAAGUGGAUAUCACCGGGAGAUACAAAGCUUCUCAUAGAGCACGGGGACCUCCUAUCGGGUAUUGUGUGCUCGAAAACCGUAGGAAAGGCUGCCGGUUCUCUCAUGCAUGUGGUGUUCAACGAAAUGGGUCACGAGAUCUGCGGUCUGUUUUACGGACACAUCCAGACUGUAGUCAACAAUUGGCUUCUACUCGAAGGCCAUACCAUUGGUAUCGGAGACACAUUCGCCGAUCCGCAGACUUAUACGGACAUUCAAGAGACGAUCAAAAAAGCCAAACAAGACGUGAUUGAAGUGAUAGAGAAGGCCCACAACGACGAGUUAGAGCCCUCCCCCGGAAACACAUUGCGCCAGACGUUUGAGAAUCAAGUGAAUCGUAUCCUCAACGACGCCAGAGAUAAGACGGGAGCGUCGGCUCAGAAGUCGUUGUCCGAGAACAACAACUUCAAGUCAAUGGUGGUGUCGGGCGCUAAGGGAUCGAAGAUUAAUAUAUCGCAAGUGAUUGCAUGCGUGGGUCAGCAGAACGUUGAGGGGAAACGGAUUCCGUUUGGGUUCCGGAAGCGGACUCUCCCGCACUUUAUUAAAGACGAUUACGGACCCGAAUCACGUGGUUUCGUGGAGAACUCAUACCUCGCGGGACUCACCCCUUCGGAGUUCUUCUUCCACUCCAUGGGUGGCAGAGAAGGUCUCAUCGAUACUGCCGUCAAAACCGCCGAAACGGGUUAUAUUCAGCGCCGACUGAUUAAAGCCAUGGAGUCAGUGAUGGUUACAUACGACGGAACUGUACGUAACUCUAACGGACAGGUCAUUCAAUUGCGUUAUGGAGAGGACGGCUUAGAUGGCUGUGCCGUUGAGAUGCAGAACUUGCCGACCCUUAAGCCCAACGAUAAGGCAUUUAGGGAUCGGUUUAAGUUCGACGCCAGUAAUGAACGAUAUCUGCGGAAAGUCUUCACCGAAGAAGUGGUUCGCGAUCUGUUGGGCAACAGUUCAUCGCUGUCUGAGUUGGAACAGGAAUGGGAUCGUCUGAAAGCCGACAGAGAGAUCCUGAGGACUAUAUUCCAGACGGGAGACUCCAAAGUAGUCCUUCCCUGCAAUCUAAACCGCAUGAUAUGGAACGCGCAGAAGAUAUUUCACGUGAACCUCAGGGGACAGACAGACCUCUCGCCCCUCAAAGUGAUUGAUGGCGUGGAAGCGCUGGUCAAACGGCUGACUAUAGUCCCGGGCGAAGACCGGCUGUCCGUUCAGGCCAAUCAAAAUGCGACGCUUUUAUUCCGGGCGCUCUUGAGGUCGACUCUAUGCACGCGAAAGAUCACAGAACAGGACAGACUGUCCUCCGAGGCCUUUGAUUGGCUGAUUGGAGAGAUUGAGACCCGUUUCCAACAAUCACAGGUCCAACCGGGAGAGAUGGUCGGCCCACUCGCCGCACAAUCACUCGGAGAACCGGCCACUCAAAUGACUCUCAAUACCUUCCAUUACGCCGGAGUGUCCGCUAAGAACGUGACGUUAGGUGUCCCUCGACUGAAGGAAAUCAUAAACAUCUCGAAGAAGCCUAAGACCCCAUCCCUGACAGUCUUCCUGACGGGUGCGGCGGCCAGGGAUGCGGAGAAGGCGAAGGACGUGUUGUGCCGUUUAGAACACACGACACUCCGGAAGGUGACGGCAAACACCGCCAUAUACUACGAUCCCGAUCCUCUCAACAGUGUUAUCGCUGAGGACCAGGAGUUUGUGAACGUCUACUACGAAAUGCCAGACUUCGACACCUCUCGGAUCAGUCCAUGGCUUCUGAGGAUAGAGUUGGACCGCAAACGCAUGACAGACAAGAAGCUAACGAUGGAAGCGAUCGCUGAGAAGAUUAACGCGGGUUUUGGUGAUGACCUCAACUGCAUCUUCAACGACGACAACGCGGAGAAACUCAUACUUCGGAUACGGAUUAUGAACUCAGAGGAGAAGAUGGAAGACGAGGAACAGGUCGACAAAAUGGAAGACGACGUCUUCCUCAGGUGUAUUGAGGCCUCUAUGCUGUCGGACAUCACUCUUCAGGGCAUCGAAAGCAUAAUCAAAGUGUAUAUGCAUUUGCCGACCACUGAUAAUCAUAAGCGCAUUAUAAUCACAGAAACGGGUGAAUACAAAGCCAUAGCUGAAUGGCUUCUGGAGACUGACGGCACGUCACUAAUGCGGGUGCUAUCGGAACAGUAUGUCGAUCCCGUGCGCACCUACUCUAACGAUAUCUGCGAGAUAUUCGCGACUCUGGGUAUCGAAGCCGUGCGGAAAGCCGUCGAGAAAGAGAUGAAUCACGUGUUGAGUUUCGACGGCUCGUACGUCAACUACAGACACCUGGCCUUACUGUGCGAUGUUAUGACAGCCAAAGGACAUCUCAUGGCUAUCACCAGACACGGCAUUAAUCGUCAGGAUGUCGGCGCUCUUAUGAGGUGUUCCUUCGAGGAGACGGUAGAUGUGCUCAUAGACGCCGCCACUCACGCCGAGGUCGACCAUUUGAGGGGUGUCUCAGAGAACAUAAUUAUGGGACAGUUGGCUAAGAUAGGUAGCGGUGCAUUCGGUAUGCUUUUGGACCCGGAUAAGUGUAAACAAGGCAUAGAAAUACCCACUAAUAUGCCGGGAAUGGGAGCGUUGGGCGGCGGUAUUUUCUUCGGCAGCGCCGACUCGCCCUCUAUGGCUGGUAUGACACCGGCGAUGACCCCCUGGGGACAGGGAGCCACACCGGCCUACGGACAGGCCUGGUCACCGGGACUGGGACUCGGAAUGACUCCAUCAGCCGCUGGCUUUUCACCGGCGGCUUCGGACGCCAGUGGACUAUCGCCCGGCUAUUCGCCCGGUUGGUCGCCACAGCCCGGUUCUCCCGGCUCUCCCUCGCCAUACCUCACGUCCCCGUCCUAUUCGCCGGCCUACGCGCCGAUGUCUCCCGGAGCGGGACCUUCUAGUCCCACAUAUUCACCCACCAGUCCCUCGUACUCACCAACGAGUCCGUCGUAUUCGCCAACGUCUCCAAAAUAUUCGCCUACGAGUCCGAACUACUCGCCCACCAGUCCGUCAUAUUCUCCUACCAGUCCCUCGUACUCACCGACGAGUCCGUCGUACUCGCCGACCAGUCCUUCAUAUUCUCCAACCAGUCCUUCGUAUGUAUUCGCCGACCAGUCCUUCCUAUUCUCCGACAUCGCCCUCCUAUUCGCCUACCAGUCCGUCGUACUCUCCCACCAGUCCCUCUUACUCGCCGACCAGCCCUUCCUACUCGCCUACCAGUCCUUCCUAUUCUCCAACUUCGCCGUCUUAUUCACCGACGAGUCCAUCGUAUUCGCCGAGCAGUCCCUCUUAUUCCCCGACGUCUCCCUCUUACUCGCCUACCAGUCCCUCGUACUCACCAACCAGUCCUUCGUACAGCCCGUCCUCGCCCUCCUAUUCUCCCGGUUCCGUUAUUCCCCGACCAGCCCGUCCUACUCGCCCGCCAGUCCCACAUACAGCCCAUCGUCGCCGCGCUACACACCCGCCUCUCCCAGCUAUUCGCCGACCAGCCCCUCCUAUUCACCUACCAGUCCCUCCUAUUCGCCGACUAGUCCCGGCUAUUCGCCCAGUAGUCCGAAGUACACGCCUACC